AUGAGGGGGAAAGCACACGAAGAAUUGUCUUUUGAAUCUCUGCCUCCAGCUUUGCAACGAAAGUUCUUCUCCAAUGUCGAACGCCUUCGUCUAGCUCAGGAUGAUCGCUGGGAUGGUUUUCACUAUCAGCGCCGCUUGGCUAGAGUGCCUCGCCGCCUCCCCUUUUGUACCCUUCAGAGUCGCUCCUAUCCGCCAUCCGCCGUAAAAUCUAUCAAUAGGAAUAAGAGGUGCCACCCGCACAAGUCUUUUUCCCCAAACACGACUAAGAAGCUCCGCAAAGCCGACUCGCUCCAGUUGGCCCAUCUUGCCGUCCACAUAGACUCGCGAUGCUUUCAUUCAUUGCCACCUAAGAUCCAGCAGAAACUCUUCUCCAAAGAAGAACGGAGUUGGUUUCACCGAACGCAGUUUGAAGCUCGGUUCUUCGAUGCUGCCAGGGAAGCGCCUUACCCGCUGGAGAAAGCAAGCCGUUCCCAGCAUCAGUGUCCUGAAAUUCAGUCGGACAGAAACUCUGUUGCGACCUCACAGUCAUCCACCAUAUACUUCGACUUCUCGGAUUCGGAUUCGAGCUCUGAUAACGACAUGGACAACUCGCUCUAUGGUAACUUCCGUUGGUUUGAAAAGGAUGGAGAUCUUGACCUAAGGCUGGACGAGUACCACGCGCAUGGUGCCAAGCCGAUGCCGAACUUGCCACCCCAAAGGCGACUUUCUUUGCGAACGGCAGUGUCAUUUAAUUCAGGCGUUUCAGGCCGCAAACCAACAUCGGCAGUGUCGCGUCAAAAAGCGCAACCCUUGCGACGAUCGUCGACGUUUCCGACAGCGCCGAUGAAUAUCACGGCUCGUAAUUCGAGUUCUCGACCCUCACCGAGCCAAAGUCAAGCCCAUGUACCUCGAUCUUCCAUAUCCAGUAUCGAUCCAUCGGCACAAUAUUAUCAGGACCCCGAGGCCCGCCUUAAACUGCGGCUUUACCUGGCCUCUCCACAAAACUUUGAUGAAGCUGUUGAGUUUGGUUUCCCGGCUCUAAAAAAUGAGAGAAAAUCCAUGCCAGUCGAGCGAGCACCAGCCGAGAUUGAAACGAAGCCUCAAACAUUUAUCGGCACGUUCCUCGACAAUGAGGACACGUCAGUUUCAGACGAAUGGUGUGAGAAGCGAAUGCACGUACCUCGACAUUCAUAUGUCAUGCAAAACUCUCGCUCAUCACACCUUGGAUGCCUAGAUCCAAGACACCAGUCAUGGCUGUUACUACCAAGGCCUGGCAACAAGCAGCAUCCAGGUAGUGACCGCGAAAUGACUCUGAAGAUGACGCUAACGAGACCCGACCUUCGGACGACCGUGCCACCACCCAGGGUGGACCCACUAAAGCUGCCACUGGAGGAUAGUGGUUCCCACCUAUGGGGAUCAAGUGAGGACGAGCAAGGGUUAAUGAGGAAAAUGUGGCGUAAGUUUCGGAAACAGAAAUGCUGA